UGCUACUGGCAGAGAGAAUAUGGUGAUUCAUCUAUUUUAAGGUUGACAGAGUAUUGUCAUACCGACGCUAUCACAAAGAAGUCAAUCUUUAGGAGGCACCAGAGGAACAAGUCACCCGGAUUUACGCUCACAUCAUCAUCAUCAUCAUCCGAUGAGGGAUAUGAAGAAGGCAGAUAAGAAAAUGGAAGUGUAUUUUAAGGCGCUGCCGGGACGACAGGAGACCUUCAUGCUCCUCAUAUUUUAUCUCCAUCUGUGGUAUAGGCCUAUAGCUGAAGCAAUUCAUCCGGACUGCGCCAUUAUCUCUCAGCACCUGAGGGCUCGGGAGGUUUGCCGCCAGACGAGGAGGAGCGAAGCGCAAAACCAGACCGACCACAGCGGAUGUAACACAGAGUGGGAUGAGAUCGGCUGCUGGCUGACAGCUGAAGUCGGGCAGGUAGUCAACAAAUCCUGCUCUGAGGUCUUCCAGCAUUUCUCCAGCAAUCAAGGGUAUGUUUACAGGAACUGUACGGUCCAUGGCUGGUCAGAAAUGUAUCCACCCUACGACGAGGCCUGUGCUUUCAGCGACGACAGCGAGCCCGAAUCUGAGACGAGUUACCUCUACACGUUCAGACAGGUUUACACUGUGGGCUACGCAACCUCGCUCAUCUCCCUCAUCACAGCCAUAGUGGUGUUCACUGCCUUCAGGAAGUUCCGCUGCACUAGAAACUACAUCCACGUCAACCUGUUCUCCUCCUUCGUCCUGAGAGCCAGCGCUGUUUUCAUUAAGGACACCGUGCUGUUUGCUGACGAGACCCUGGACCACUGCUCCGUGUCCACAACAGCCUGCAAGUCAGCCGUGGCGUUCUUCCAGUUCAGCAUCCUGGCCAAUUACUUCUGGUUGCUGGUGGAGGGAAUGUAUCUGCAGACGCUGCUGGCCCUGACCUUCGUCUCUCAGAGGAAGUACUUCUGGUGGUACAUCCUGAUUGGAUGGGGGUUCCCAUCAACAGUUCUCAUACUUUGGGUGUUGACCAGAUUCUUCUAUGAUGACAAAGGUUGCUGGGACGACACAGACAAUGUUGCUAUUUGGUGGAUUAUUAAAGGACCAAUAACAGUCUCGCUGCUGAUCAACAUUGUCAUCUUCAUCAACGUGAUCCGGAUCCUGGUUCAAAAGCUUAAAUCUUCAACCAUGGCCGGGAACAAUGACACCGGACACUUUAUGAGGCUGGCUAAAUCCACACUGUUCCUCAUCCCUCUGUUUGGGAUGCACUACACAGUAUUCGCCUUCCUGCCCGAGAACACUGGAGUGGCAGCCAGACUCUACAUCGAGCUGGGCCUGGGAUCCUUUCAGGGUUUUGUGGUGGCACUGCUUUACUGUUUCAUGAAUGGAGAGGUCCAAACGGAGCUGCGGAGAUGGCUGUGGAAGUGUCGCAAUCAAAAUCAUCUCACGCCGGCCAAGCGAAGCAUCACUCAGAUAACAGUUCAAGCCCACGGGGGGCUCAGGCGACCUCCUUCUAACGGGAACGUCUCUUCAGUUUGAUUUUAAAGAUCCCAGCCAUGAGAGAAGAGUUGUCGUGAGAAUGUCAAACAAACUACGAGAGGCAGUCCUCAACCUGCUAAUGACAAUAACUCAACAACCCCUCUGUGGGAGGAGCGUAAUGAACACUGGUGAGUGAUUGAGGACAUGUUGUAUUAUUAAAUGCAUCAUAUCAGUGUCAGCUGCAGCCAUGAGCUAAUUUACAGUUUCUUCGAAAAUGGUUUCAACCAAAAAUUACAAAAAAGUAAAGGAACACUGGUGCUUGCAUUUGUAAGGAUGUCGUGGUGACACACGGUGUCCAGUCCACAGUAGAGACAGAGCUGGCCCGAGAAGUUGUUGUAAGAUGAUUUAACAUGGUUUUGGUUACAGCAAAAUGUUGCUGUAAAAUGUUAAUGUCUAACAAAAAGAAGUCUCCUGUUCAAAAGUCCUGUGUUUGUUUGACCCUUCCACCCAUUUAGCCUGCCCUGUGUGGUCUCGCUCUUUAAACUAAGUCAGUUGUUCUGAGCGUCUAAUAGUGACGCGGCUGGGUUUACGUUGUUUUACGUUGAUAUGAGACGCUGAGAGCCAUUUACCAACUGUCUGUAUUUGACAAGUUUAAAGUGAGAUUGAUUUUUUUUCUACUAAACCUAAUAAAGUAGUUUUGUGGGGGUUUUUUGCAUAUAUUUUAUAUAUUUUUUUUUCAAUUUACAACGUUAACCACUUGUUUUAAACUGUGACCGUAAUCUUGUAAAACGUAAUUGAGAGUGCAGUUCGUAUAGGAAUGUCAUUUUGUAGGAGACAGGGUUGGUUUUCAGAUGGAGUACAAAUGUUGAGGAAUUAUAAGGACACCGCUGUGGAAACAAUGGAUGUUUGAACUUGGCUAAAUUAUUUGAAAAGAGCUCGACUCCUCUGAUUGUUAUUUUGGUGCAGACUGAACAUAUGUGCAGGACUGAUAUGGACCGAGUGCUAAUUGAUUUUUUGUGCAGAAAUUCACCUGCUGGUUUAGAGAGAAGUUUUAAAUGCCGAAGAUCUGGGACCUGAGUAAAGUGUAUUCAAAGCUGUGUGCGUUUGCUUGUGUGUGUGUGUGAAGCUGCCAUAUAUUGGGUACAUCACGUCAUACAAGACUUCUUAUUUCAAGGAGUUGUCUGCUUUGAUGAGCCAUCUGAAACCAUUUGAAACACAGUAUUUGUGAAUAUUCAUGAGCUUGAUUUGUUUCUUCAUCGCAUCUUCAUUUUUUUAUGCUGUUGCCAGACGUGAUAAUCCUAAUUCUUGCACUACAGGAGAUACCAAAUGUAUACAAAACAUCAUGCUCAGCAUUUACAUGGUAACGUGGCUUUAAAUAGGUAAGGUAACAAGAUAACUGACAUAGUGAGAGUGUCUUAAGAUACAUUUCUGUGUUGGACUUUUCCAGUUCUGCUGGGGGGGAUUUGGUGUAAACAAUGCGGGGGAGUAUAAGGCCCGUAAAAUGUUCAAGCCAACCCUUUACAAUAGAUUGUCAAGAACAGGGAAAUGUGAUGAAGCCUUGAAAACGUCUGUUAAACCUGCACUCAAUGAAGACAUGAACACAAAAAAAUACCUCUGGGUUGGCUUUUGGGUUCAAUAUUGGUUGAAUCGAUGCAUCUCUAGUUCACAAACCAUGAAUAAUGCACUGGACUGUUCCAUUAAGCACUUUGAUGGUCAUUGUCAGUACACAAUAUGAUUUAAUGUUGCACUUUAUUUCACACUGAAUAUAUUACUUGUUCUUGUGGAUUUAGUGAGGGUCAGCUUUUGGGCACAGUCCAAAAGCUGGUAUUAAAUGCUUGGGGAAAGAUGUUCAUAAAUGUUGAUGUGAACCUUAAUUUGGAUAACAUUAGGAAAGAGAAGCAGAAAGUUGGUCUGUCAUACGGUUCAUAAUCCUUACAUUAAAAAUAAUUGCUUUUACAGAUCUAAUUCAGCCAUAAAUGUUUGUACAAGAUAAUUUCCUCUUAUGGUAAUGAAGUACCCAUAAACUGCCAAAUCUGUACACUGUCCAUUCUAAUGGAUGGGACAGCUGAGGGAAACAAAGAACAAUCUCUAAAUGCAACAAUGUACCACAGAUAGAUUUAUUUUGCAGUCAAAUUUACACAACCUGGGACAUAAAUGUUUGACACCAGAACGCAUGUAACACAUGACACACCGUCACAGGUAGAACAUCAUAUGGAUGAAGCUUUAUAGAUAUUCUUUUGACAUUUAAGUUACAUAUAUCCUCAUUAAUAAUGCUUGUCAUUACGUACACAUGUGUACAGAAUACACUUGCUCCAACUUCCACACACACACUCACACACACUCUGAAAACAGUUACAUAAACAUACAAAAACACGGUCACAAACAUUACAGGUUUUCGUCAAGAGGUCCACCUGUGUGCCGAAAAUAUACAUAUACAGUGCAUUGUAUAUGAUCAAGAAAAGACAUCGUUUGUACACCAUGGCAAAUUGACAGCAGGCGACAUUUAAGAGCAGCUGAGUAACAUCGGUACAUUCAAAAAUUCAUUGGCAAUCAAUUGGAACUCACACUUGAUAAAACUGGCUCAACACGCACAACCGCCAAAGGAAAGGCAUCUAAACACAGAGAUAUGCCACACUGAGAAGAGUUACAUUUAAAGGAAUAGCCUGACAUUUUGGGAAAUACACCAAAUAUUUGCCAGCUGUUUUGUAAUUAUCUCGUCAAGAUAAGGUAUCUAUUAGUUAGCCAAUGACUUCUAGCUGGGAGCUUAUCUAUGUCCCCAAGGGACGAUGUUCCCCAGCUCAAUAUCUCCUUAUUACAACAAAGGAGACCUUUCAAAGUUUCCUCAGCAAUGCUUUUUUUCUAGCUGAUGUCAUACUCUUUGAAAUCAACAUCCUUAAAUUAGCAAACAGUUUUCUUGACUUUAGACAUUGAAAUCUCCACAGUGGCCAUGAUGUUUUUACUAAACCUAACCAAACAAUUUUGCCUAAACAUAACUAAGUAAUUUUGUUGUUUUUAUUUGGUUAAAUUUACAAUGUUUACCACGUAAAUUGAACUAAACUACCGUAAUCCAGGAGAAAAUACAGGGCUAUAAUGAAGACGCUGGGAACAUUGGAGUGCUAGCUGCUUCCUCCUGCUUCCAGCCUUCGUGCUAAGCUAAGCUAACCGGCUGUAGCUUCAUUAGCGUACAGCCAUUAAAGUAGUAUUAAUCUUCUCACCAAACACUCAGCUAGAAAGUGAAUGAACAUAUCUACGAAAAUGUCAGACUAUUGCUUUCAGAAAACGUGUCAAGAGCUUUUCUUUCACACAAAAAGACGAGUGUGCUUCCGUAAUGCUAAAGUAACUGUAAGAAGUGGUUUGUGGAGAGAGGAACGGUCACUACAAGGUGCCCCCAAUUCUCAAUAUUUCCUCAUAUGUCAGCAAGUUUUGAAAUUCAAAUAGUUCAUUUUGUUUUGAAACUAAUGUGAACUGGAAGGGAAUUUUGGGAUUGAGAGGGGGGCAUAUUUGACCUCAUUAAGAAAAAUCGAACUUGUAGGCUUGUUGAUUUAGUUCUGUAUAAAAAAAAAUCAACGCUGUGAAAAGUGAACAAUGUUAAUAAGCACUACCUAUUUCAUCAAAAAUUCAAAGUACAAGGCUCAAAAAGCAAAUCAAUGCCAGUCUAACUCCCCCCCCCCCCCAACUAAAAUGAUUUGCUGCCACCUUGUGGCAAACAAAUAUACAGCACAGACAUGGUCAUGAAAGGAGUUUUCUCCUCCUCUUUCCACAGACAGUAACAGCUUUGAGACAUGGUCGUUUCCAUCUGAGCUGAUUCAGACUCAGAAUGACGGCUGGUGAUAGAACACGUAAGCAGCAGCGGAGUGUUUUCUUUUAUCACACCCUCGUACACACUUUGUGUUUUAUCUGUCGCAGUUGUUCCACCUUCUCGUACCUUCCUAAUCGAAAGAAAAAACCAAAAACAUUUCUACCUCUGGCUCGAGUUCCCGUGAUAGUAUCUUGUCACACACUGUUUUGUCAAAAAGCAGCCAAGCAGAUGCAUAAAUCUGAUGCAUCUCUUCUUCAGUAGUGUUUAUUUUUUAUCUCGCUUUUUUUGCUCUCUCACAAUAUCCUCUUUGGACAGCAAUUUCCUUUGAGUGUUUUUUGUUUUCUUUAAAAUUAGAAAUGAGACAUUGUGCCACACAUCUCACCAGUUAUAGCAACGAGAGAGUCGAUAUCAAUAAUGAAAUAAUACAUCAGGCAUACAACUAAAUUACACAUAAGAAAGCAUGUAUACUGUACAUUGAGUCAUUUCACAGCAUGGCACUGGUUCAUGGAAAAUAAAUGUACAUCCUUUUCUGUUCGAUAAUUGUCAAUUCAUCUUUUUAAGACACUACAAUUGUAUAAUCCAUUCAGAUGACAGUACAAAAAAAUAAAUAUCUUGAGUAAAUGUUGUGGAUAAAUCCUCCUGUACACAUCGUUUCACAUUUCAUCUUAAAUCAUUUCUACGUCUGGACAGUUAUUGUUUGUUAGCUUACAAACAAAAAGAGAGAAAGAAAAAAAAAAUGGGCAACACACUGCGAUUGUCAAGAGCUGUCACAUUAAAGCAUUUUUGUGUUGACUGUUAGAACAUGUAUUGUUUUGAAGCUGUUUAUGUGUCUGGCGUUGGUGCUGAAUUGUAACGGACUUAUAGAUGAUAGUUGGAACCAGCAGGUCAAAUAAAACAGAAGUUACGUAGAGCUAUUACUUAAGUCUUGUCAAACUCAUUGUGAUUAAAACUAAGAAGAAAAAAAACAGGACU